CGGCGGCCCCGGCGGAUCACCCAGUGCAAAUGGAGAAUCCCUAUAAGGAGCCUCCACAAAGAUGUGUGUUGUGUGGGAUAAAAGUGGACUACAAGAACGUGCAGCUUCUGUCACAGUUUAUUUCUCCCUACACUGGCCAUAUUUAUGGCAGGCACAUAACAGGUUUGUGUAACAGGAAACAGAAAGAAGUUUCAAAAGCCAUUAAAAGAGCUCAUGUGUUUGGAUUUAUGUCAGUGAUGUUUAAGAACCCAUCGUUUCUUACGGACCCCAAGAUCUGUAAUGUCAAGUAUCCAGAGUAAUGUGUAYUGUAAAGAAAUAAAAAAUAAAGUUAUUUGAUUUCUU